AUGUUAAAAGCUACUCGGUACAGCUCGGAUGCGUCAUCUCCUAAGAUCGUUCAUCCGGCUUCGUUCCAACUAACCACUACAACUUCACUACCAAAUCAUCAUCCUGUUGACCUACCAAAUGUUAAUACACCAUCGCUGGUCAACUCACAUCGACAUGUAGAAAACACAGUUGAGGUAGCUUCCAUUUUAACUUCUUUGGAAGAAUCCACUCAGCCAGUCGAGUCAGUCAUGAUGGGCCCUUCCCAGCUGGUUGAACCACAUAAACAACAACAAACCUCAUCGCCGAUGGGUCCUCCCUCCGAUGUCAAUUCUGCGACAUCAAUAAAUCACAACAAUAACCUCCUAGAUUCAUUCACCAGACAGUCAUCCUACUACACCACAAGAGAUCUACUCAACAUUCUAGAAGCCAAGUCUGACAGAAUAGGUGGUGGAGUCAGAAUCUUCAUCAGAUCAGGCAUUGAAUUUUCUAUGGUAAACAAUUUGCUUCUGAACGAUACCAUUAUUGACCUUCUUGGUGUCAAUUUAAAAUUAAACAACACACACGAUUUUGGAUUAAAAGCAGAAUGGCACUUUUUUGCAACUUUUCAUGGUAAAAGUCCUUGCGAUGGAAUUGGAGGGACAACAAAAAGAUUGGUUGCAAGAGCAAGUUUGCAGGCAUCAACAAAAGAUCAGAUAUUGAACGCCAGAGAUUUUUACACAUACGCUGAUGCGAAAAUAAAUGGUAUUAAAUUUUUUUGGGUAGACAAAAAAGAAAUUAAAGAUCUGCUAGGAAUGCUUGAAAAAGAUUUAGGUCAGCAGAUAAAAUAA